AAUCCCAAAUUGGCAAAUUCCCACCAACAAAACCCCUCACCUCCCAAACCUUAAACCCUAAUAAAACUACCUUUAUUAAAUAAAACAAAUUACUAAAACAUGUCACUAGUCCUUCCUAAUCUCCGGCGAGCCAUAACUAUAAUAAAACCACCUUUCUUUAUCCCCUACAAUCUCGUUCAUACAGAAAACCUUGUCAAUACUAAAUCAGAAAAAGAUCAAAACAAAAAUGGGAAAUGGUUUACUCUACCCCCUUUUAAUGUCACAGUUAACGGUGCUUCAUUAGGGAAACAUAUUGCCGGAAAACGGGAAUUAGGUGACGUAAGCGAUGAUGUUACGGCGAUCAAAUGGGUGACGAAAUGCUGCCCGGAGCUUCCGCGGUCUCUCGUGCAGAAGCUGUUUCGUUUGCGGCAGGUUCGACGGAAAACUUUUGAAGGUUCAAAUUCUGAUCAAGAUGUUCAAGCUCCAGAAAGCAAAGUGAAAAGAGUGUCAGCCAAAGACUCGAUGAGAUUGGGUGAUACGAUUUAUCUUCCUAUCACAGUACAAGCUUUACCAACUGAGAAAUCAGAGUGCCUUUGCAGUGAAGAUGAACUUAAGUUUCUUCAUGAUCUUGAGAUAUACAAGGAUUCGGCAAUUAUUGUCCUCAAUAAACCUCCUGGAAUGCCCGUUCAGGGUGGUAUUGGGAUAAAAAGAAGCUUAGAUGAAUUAGCAGGAACUUAUUUGAGACAUGACUUCUCUGAACCACCCAGGCUGGUGCACAGACUUGAUAGAGAUAGUAGUGGCAUAUUGGUCUUGGGGAGAUCACAGCUCAGUGCUACUGUUCUGCACUCUGUCUUUCGCGAGAAAACUUCUGGUGCUUCCAAUAUUGAUUUAAAGAGUGAGAAAAAAAUUCUACAAAGAAAGUAUUGGGCACUUGUACUUGGAUCACCAAGGCGUCCACAAGGGCUAAUUUCUGUUCCGCUUGGAAAGGUGGUCAUGGAUGAUGGAAAAUCAGAACGGAUCACAGUUGUUGAAAAUGUCUCAACGAUGCCAUCACAACACGCUAUAACAGAAUAUCGAGUUCUUGAUUCUUCUAUUCAUGGUCUCACAUGGUUAGAGCUUUCUCCACUAACUGGUAGAAAACACCAGCUCCGAGUUCAUUGUGCUGAGGUAUUGGGAACACCAAUAGUUGGAGACUACAAAUACGGUUGGCAAGCUCACAAGAAAUGGAAUCAAAUAGUUUCUUCUAAUCUUGAAGAGAAAGUUGAGGCGAGUAACAGAAAGUCCCUUCCCUUUGGCCUUGAUUUAGAGAGUGGGAGCAUUACCGAUAAGCAACCUAAACUUCAUUUACAUUGUAAGAAGAUGGUGUUGCCCGACAUUUCAUCUGCUUUAAAGCAGGCCCGUAUUUCUACUUCGGAUUAUGAUUUUGAAGACAUCAAAAGCCUUAAAUUUUCAGCUCCAUUGCCUCCCCACAUGCAAAGGAGUUGGGACAUCUUGUCCACUUGAUUUGCUUUUAAUGCAAUAUGCAGAGCUUCAUCUUAUUUGAUUCUAUAAUAUAGAAUCUUUUAAAAUGGGUUUCCGGCCUUGGAAGCGUUACCAGAUAUAGAGACAUCUCGCUUAUUUGCUUACAAUAGUGUAAUAGACUAUUGUCGAAGGUAAAAAGCUAGAUUCCCAAAUUAUUUCUGAUCCUUUAUUAUUAAGUGGGAUUAUAUUAGUCCGUAAGAAGAUGUGGUCCACCACUCCGCAAGCCCAUCUUCUAAUCAUCCAGGAUUUAAAACAUUAGCUGAAUUGUUGUUUUUAAAAAAACUUUUUAAAUUUUGAAUCGCAUACAAUAAGUUAUCGUUUAAAAUUAUAUUUUAUAUCCGUAGUUAAUCUAACAUUAUUUUGUGGUCA